GGUGUUCGCUGCGCCGCCGCUGUGCGGACUCGCUGCUGAUCCAGAGCUUGCCAGGGGAUCAUCACGGUCUCCACCAGCAACAUGGGACCUACCCGGGCGGUUCCUACCCCCUACGGCUGUAUCGGCUGCAAGCUGCCGAAGCCCGACUACCCACCAGCACUGAUCACCUUCAUGUUCUGCACAAUGGUUAUCACCGUUGUCGCAGACCUGAUCGGCAAUACCAUGGUCAUUUUAGCCGUGGCGAAAAACAAGAAGCUCCGAAAUUCUGGCAACAUCUUCGUGGCCAGCCUCUCUGUGGCAGAUAUGCUGGUAGCCCUCUACCCCUACCCUCUGAUGCUGCAUGCCAUGUCAGUUGGGGGCUGGGAUCUGAGCCAGCUCCAGUGCCAGAUGGUCGGGUUGGUCACAGGGCUGAGUGUGGUCGGUUCCAUCUUCAACAUCAUGGCCAUCGCUAUCAACCGUUACUGCUACAUCUGCCACAGCCUUCAGUAUGAGCGGAUCUUCAGCCUGCGCAACACCUGCAUCUUCCUGGUCGUCACCUGGGUUAUGACCAUCCUGGCUGUCUUGCCCAACAUCUACAUUGGCACCAUUGAAUAUGAUCCUCGUACCUACACCUGCAUCUUCAACUAUAUGAAUAACCCUGCCUUCACUGUGACCAUCGUCUGCAUCCACUUCAUCCUCCCUCUCCUCAUAGUUGGUUUUUGCUACAUGAAAAUCUGGAUCAAAGUGCUGGCAGCCCGUGACCCAGCUGGACAAAACCCUGACAACCAAUUUGCUGAGGUUCGCAAUUUUCUAACCAUGUUUGUGAUCUUCCUCCUUUUUGCAGUGUGCUGGUGCCCUAUCAACGUGCUCACUGUGUUGGUGGCUGUCAGUCCAAAGGAGAUGGCAGGCAAGAUCCCUAACUGGCUUUAUCUUGCAGCCUACUGCAUAGCCUACUUCAACAGCUGCCUGAACGCUAUCGUCUAUGGUGUCCUCAAUGAGAAUUUCCGACGAGAAUACUGGGCCAUCUUCCAUGCUAUGCGGCACCCUAUCCUGUUCCUCUCUCAGCUCAUCACUGAUAUCCGUGAGACUCUCGAGGCCCGUACUCUGGCUCGUGCCCGCGCCCGUGCUUGUGAUCAAGCCCGAGAAUGUGAUCAAGCCCGAGAACAAGACCAUGCCCGUGCCAGCCUUGUCAUGGGGGGAGCCCCGCUGAACGUCCGGAAUGUUCUACUGCCUGGUCAUGCUAUAUCCAGCCACCAUGAUCAUGUCUCUGUCCACCCAAGGCCACAUACCAGGUCUGCUUUUGCCUACCGCAAACCUGCCUCUAGUCACCAUGGGUCUCUUUCCAGCCACCCCAGGUCUACCUCUGUCUAUCCUAAGCCAACCUCCUCUGUCCACUUCAAGCCUGCCUCUGUCCAUUUCAAGGGUGACUCUGUCCAUUUCAAAGCCGCUUCCAAGUCCAUCUCUGGUCAUCACGUAUCUGCUGGCCUUGCCACUACCACCAGCUGUCCUACACCUGCUGCUGGCUUUGUCAGGCCAGCCACCAGCCACCCUGAUCUCACCGUCAUUGACUAUCUCGAGCCUGCCACCACCAGCCAAGCUCUACCCACUGUUGUUGGCCACUCUGAAAUCUCUGCCUCCUAUUGCCUUGAGAUGACCACCUUUGGCCACCUCAAGCCCUGCAUCUCUGCCUUCAGUCCUGUCACUGCAUCCCCUAGGCCGGGGGGCAGGCAACCGGAGCCUGCAGCAGCUGCUGCUGCCCUUCCUGACCCCACUGUAAUCCCCUUUGCCAGCAGUGAGUACCAUCAGGUUGUGCUCAUUGAUGAUUCUGAAUCUGAUGUGUCUGAUGAGAUGGCUGUUUGAAAAGUGUUCUUUUGGGUGGAUCGCUGUACAGUUUGCUCUGCAUACGCAGUCUAGAGUGAUCUCCUUUUAUUGCCCCUACACACUGACUGACACAUGGACAGGGACUCACUUGAUUUGGUGUUAAGUUGCAUUCACUUUUCGGGCAUACUCCCUUGACAACCUGUACUCUUGAAAGUGCAUGUGUACUCUUGCUAUCUUAGAGAUCAAAUUUCCAAGUGUGACAUCUGUGGUUCUGAGGUCCUGAGACUCUCUGUUCUCCUAUGGUUAACUUUCAGUCCUCUGUGAUCCCUGAACUGUGACUUUGAUUCCC